AUGCUCCUCGCGCGCCUCCCCUCCGGGCGCACUCGCCUCUUCGAGGCGUCCGGCGACGCCGCGUGCCUCGCGCGGCGCGUCGAGGACGCCGAGGGCCUGCCCGCAGCUGGCCUCCGCCUCGUCGGCGCCGGCCGCCGGCUGCGGCCCACCGACCCGCUGGCGGCGCUGGCGGGCGCGACGGUGCAGGUGCACCUGUCUCUGGCGGGCGGCGGCGGCGAUGGCGACCAGCCCGACUGGAUCGAGCGCGGCAAGAUGCCCUCGGGCGGCUCCAAGCGCCGCGGCCCCGACUCGCGCGCGCCCGACUGGCACGGCGACGCACGGAAGAAGGAGGCCAAGGACCGGCAGGACAAGCUGGACCGCGGGGAGCUGCUGGUGGCGAUCGGGCCGUACUGCGUCCCGUGCGGCAAGCGCUUCGCCAAGCAGAGCGUCUACGACGCCCACCUCUCAGGGAAGAAGCACCUCGCGGCGCUCGAGAAGCUCGGCCGGGCGGAGGAGGCGAUGGUCUGCCGACUUGACGUGGAGGCGAAGCGGCGCAAGAACGCGGAGGCGCAGGCGCGUGCGGAGGCGCGGGAGGAGAAGCUUCGCGAGCGGGCGAUGCUGCCGACGCCGGCCACGGUUGGCCGCUCGCUCAGCUUCGGCGGCGAGUGUGUGAACGGCGCCUCUUCACAUUUGCACGGCUUGCCAACAGGUGGCGGCGGCGUCUGUGUCGAGGCGCACCGCCAGAUGGCAAUCACGCCGUCAGACUGGCACAAGGUGCCAGACCACCUCAAGGGGCGGUACGACCCGGAGCGAGGCGACUGGCGCUGCGACCGCUGCGCGUCCUGGAGCCCUCCAGCGCUCGAAGGAGUCGGGGCUGAUUAG